AUGAACCCGUAUUCAAUACCGCGCGCCAAUGCUCGAAAUGACCUCCCGCCACGACCAGCCGACGCACCCUGGACGGCAUCCCGGUGCAAGAGGAUUCUUCGACAAGUUACCAAUUUUGUCAACAGACUCGAAAGAUGGCACUCGACCUUGUUGGCCGCGCAAGGAGAGGGGAGAUCUUGUCAAGGCCACGUUGAGAGCUCUGCGGCCACCGAUACUGCGUCGGAUUGGCUGAGUACAGCAAGAAAGAAGAAAAGGCCGUUGAGAACAUAUUCUUCUCGCAAUGCGAAGACAAAGACGACCACAAAGACGACCCCAGAGACACCUUCGUCGAGGCGCACAUCGUCUCGAUAUACUCUGAGAACGCCACGUAGCAACGGUGUUCUCUGCGUCCCUCCGACGAUUCAGCAACAACCCGCACAGCAAUCAAGAGGACACCAUAGGAACAAAGCUGACGCCGGCGAGGAAGCCAUGGUAGACAAUGGGACGGGGACUGAGAGACACUGGCUACUUGGGACAUAUCCUUCGAAAGAACACGAAAUCCUGUUCAACCAGGGCUGCUCAAUCAUGUCGACCUUCCUAGUCGCAACUGCAAGUUCUACGGAUCCGUCACAGUACCAGGAUGGCAACCGUGUGCCUUCAAGACGCGGCGCCCGGUCACUAUUUGAUAUGAGCUUGGAUAAAAUCUGUCGAGAGGCCGUCGAGCAGCAGAGAGAAAGUGAUGCCAGCCACGAUGGAAACGACGGAAGGUGCGACAUCGUGGGCUCUUUCUUCCAGGAAAUGGAAGACUUCUUUGGCAACCCGGAAAACGGCUGGCCAUCACUGCGAGCGGCGGUACGCACAUGUGGCAUCUACAUGAUCACUCGUAUUACGGAAACAGGCAUCCUACCGGAAAGCAUGGCCAUGCAUUUCUUAACACAGUGGUCGUCUCCUCUAGUGGCUGACUUCCAAAGAGCUAUCCGCCGCUCAUUGCUGGAGGCGCGAAGUCACAAACAUGACGUAAAGCUCGUUUUCGACCAUUUGCUUGACGAAAAGAUACUCAAGAUGGAAUUGGACUCACAAUCUGUUCAUGGACUUACGAGCAUGUCGAUGGCACUACAGAUUCUCCAAAAUGCCGAAGAUCCUAUAUGUGCGAUUGAGCGCUUACGAUUCCGGAAUCUGUUCGUAAUCAUGGGAAUCUACCGCGAACCUCAGUCAAGGUUGAACAGCAUUGUACCACAGCUGCUCGAAGCAAUAUUUGUAACUUCUGUCGCCACAUCCGGUAAGGCCGAUCGGCGAGCACUUCUGCGUGGUGGCGAGCUCGAUACACCUGAAUCAUAUUGUACUACGAUAUCUGAUGCCACCAUUAAAAGACUCACAUAUGGCUGGAGUAUGAUGGUGGCACUUUGUAUCAGAGAGCACACACGCACAGCUUACCGUCCCUUGGUGGAGAGAAUCUCCAAACAAGUGCAGACAGUGGUUGAGCUGGACGUACACUUGGAGAUGACUGCUAAUCAACGUGGUGUUGCUGCUCAUGUCUUCUUGGGCAAUCUCUUUCAAAGCCUGAUCCAUCAUGAUGACGUCGACUUGGGUCUGUUGGCAAGUCUCGACUCUAUUCUUUCCGACGAAUGCUUCUCCCUGAUCUCUGGCCCCGUCAUCGCCAUGAUUCUUUACGAGUGUGGCAAGUCUCAAGAUAGUUUGCGCACUUUCCUAAGGCAGCUGUUGGAGAUAGACUGUGGCGACUAUCGAAGGCUGAAUGUGGCGCUUACCAAGCUCGGUGUAGAAGCUGUGCAGGAAUAUGCCGUUGAACAUGCCGAGCAGGGUUCUAACGAAGCAUGGACAAUGGCGAUCAUUGAAGCAUUCGAAGCAAAGCAGCAGCGAAACGUUGCUAGCGUUCCAGGGAUUCCUUCGAGGCAACUUGAGACGACCUACACAUGGGAUCCAACGAUUGCGGAUUGGAUCGCCGUAACUCCUAGCGCUAGCCGAAACGUCGAGAACAGCACGGACAGCAGUUCGCAAGGCGAGGAAUGUGCGCACAGCAAACCCACGUCAAAAAGAAAAGUCCGUGCCGUUUCAGACCGACGGCCUCUUGCACCCUUGUCUCGCAACAGUAUCCACGAAGGCCCAUAUCAGAACAGACGAAGAAGUGAGCCAGCCGGUUUGGAGACGCAAUGGGACGGCGAUUUUCAGUACAAGCGGGUAAAGCGCGCUGGCCGGCAGACGACCGCGACGAUGAAGACCAGACAUAGUAUGGAUGACACUGAUGAAUCUGUGGAUGAGUUGAGUUUGCUUACAUAG